CGUCACGUGGGGCGCCGAGGAUCGCAGUGCGCGUGGCCGCGGCGGCUGGCGUGGGGUUGAGUCAGUUGUGAGACCGGGCGCUGCUGACCCAGCGGGCGGCCCACUUGGAGCCGCUGCCGAGCGACAGGCGUCGGGGCUCGGGGAGCCGUGCGCCUGGGCCCCGCGGAGACCUGUCGUCCUCCUCCCGCCUCUCCCUCGCCACCCCCCGCUGCCAGCCAGCCAGCCAGCCAGCCAGCAAACCGCCGCCGCCGCCGCGGGCGCGCCCCCGCUCUGCGCUGUCUCUCCGAUGGCGUCCGCCUCCGGGACCAUGGCGAAGCACGAGCAGAUCCUGGUCCUCGACCCGCCCACAGACCUCAAAUUCAAAGGCCCCUUCACAGAUGUAGUCACAACCAAUCUUAAACUGCGCAACCCGUCGGAUAGGAAAGUGUGCUUUAAAGUGAAGACCACAGCCCCUCGGCGGUACUGCGUGAGGCCCAACAGCGGGGUCAUCGACCCGGGCUCCACGGUCACUGUCUCAGUAAUGCUACAGCCCUUUGACUAUGAUCCGAACGAAAAAAGUAAACACAAGUUUAUGGUACAGACCAUUUUUGCUCCACCGAACACUUCAGAUAUGGAAGCUGUGUGGAAAGAGGCAAAACCUGAUGAAUUAAUGGAUUCUAAAUUGAGAUGUGUAUUUGAAAUGCCCAAUGAAAAUGAUAAAUUGGGUGUACCUGCGCCAGGGAUUGCUCCGCCUGCCACGCCAAGGAGCAGCAGCGACAUAGGUGCAGCACCUGCCGCUUACCACGCGAGGAGUGAGCCCAGGGGACAUGUGUUCAAACAGGAGAAGCAGAAGAAUGACUUGGAACCUAGCAAAGCUGCUCCCCUGAACGCAUCGAAACAGGAUGGACCCAUGCCAAAACCUCACAGUGUUUCCCUCAAUGACACCGAAACAAGGAAGCUCAUGGAAGAGUGUAAAAGACUUCAGGGAGAGAUGAUGAAACUCUCAGAGGAAAACCGACACCUGAGAGAUGAAGGCCUAAGGCUCAGAAAGGUAGCACAUUCGGAGAAGCCUGGCUCCCCCUCCGCCGCGUCCUUCAGAGAGAACGUCCCCAGUCCUCUCCCUUCCCUUCUUGUUGUCAUCGCAGCCAUCUUCAUUGGAUUCUUUCUAGGGAAGUUCAUCUUGUAGAGUGAAGCAUGCAGAGAGCUAUUUCUUUUUUUUUUUUUUUUCUCUUGACCAGAAAAGAUUUGUUUACCUACCGUCUCACUGGUAGUACGGCCGCGGUGACCAUUUUGUGUGUACAGCGUCAUGCAGGCUUUGCCUUUAAUGAUCUCUUACGGUUAGAAAACACAAUAAAAACAAACUGUUCGGCUACUGGACAAAUUGUAUAUUAUCAGAUCAUCACUAGCAGAUGUCAGUUGCACAUUCAGUCCUUUAUGAAAUUCAUAAAUAAAGAAUUGUUCUUUCUUUGUGGUUUUAAUAAGAGUUCACGAAUUGUUCAGAGUCUUGUAAAUGUUAUUUUAAUAAUCCCUUAAAAUUUUAUCUGUUGCUGUUACCUCUUGAAAUAUGAUUUAUUUAGAUUGUAAUCCCACUCAUCCAGGAAAUGCCAAGAGGUGUUGUGUGGGAAAUGGUGCCUCUUACAGUGUAGAUCUCCCUUACCUUUGCUAAUAUCAUGGCGGAAUUUUUCUUAUCCCUUGUGAGGCAGUUGUUGACUGAGUUUUUCAUCCUUACAAUCCUGUCCCAUGGUAUUUAACAUAAAAAAAAAAUAAAACUGUUAACAGAUUCUUGCUCGAUA